AUGGCGAUCCGUGAUGCCAUUCCAGGGGAGAUUACCUAUGAGGAACUCGCACGUCGAAAGCGUCUACGUUAUGAUUCGUGUUCCUCACUAGAGAAGCUCCUAGCAGACAGAGGUGUGAUACUGAGUACGGCAGAUGAUUCUAUAAAUACCAACAUUGAUCAUUUCCACACCUUACUCCCUUUAGAGGCGUUUGAUGACACCAUGUUUGAAGAAUUUACCCUGUCUGAGUGGGCAACACGUAUUAAAGAAAAUUAUGGCAUGCCGUGCCGCGCUCUUUAUAUGCAAACCGAGAACGGGAUCUGGCUCACCGCGCAGGCUGUGGGCUGUGAUGUCGCUGCGGGGCGCUUUAAAGUAGAGAUCGACGCUAAAAAACCUACAAAGGGUUUCCCUUCUUCCCUCUCUUUAUUAUUACCACGAAUUUGUGUGUGUUUUGACGCUGAAAACCCAAUCACUUUUGCCACGCGUUUUGCUUCUGCCUAUCAUCGCCGCCAGCAUGCAGAAGAUGUUUUGCGUGCAGAGCUUUACAUUGAGUCCGUCCCGCCCGAUGAGUGCCAAACAUUAGAUUCCAGAGUGCAGUCACGUAUUAAAAAGCUCGCAAUAAGCACGUUGGCGCUAGUCCAGGGGGAAAGCAUUCUAGAUGCCCAAGCCGUAGCUGAGGAGAUUCGAGUUGAUUACAGUCGCUGCAUGAAUACCGAUCUCCUUCGCAACUUCUCCAAAACCAAUACCUUUUCCCACUUGGCAUUCCUGCAUAAUUUAGAGGCAAAAAAACAAGUGACCCCCAUGUAUGGCGUGGCGCCGCCCUCUGGCGAUGAAACCCGUCUGGCUAAAAUCAUUGAGUCCUUUCAGAAAAAUUCCCUUUUCGCGCGAACGCUGACCCCCUCCUUCAUUUGCAAUCAAGUGCGCGAGUGUAAUGAGAAGCUUUUGUCAAAUCCGAUAUUCCUGCUGAGCGCUGAUCUAAAAAAAAAGCGGCCGAUAAUGCCCAUCAGCUUUGAUGAGCUUCAGACCUCUGCAGUGCGCAACAGUGCACGAUCUUUGCGCGAAAAGUGGUCUAAUGUAAUUGUAUCCAAUCUAAAAGAAGCUUUAGGGAGAUUUAAAAGGGAAGAUGAAAUGCACCUGAAAUACAUCGAUGAAGAUGAUUACAGGGGCACCAAAAUGGCAAACUUUAUGCGGAUGCUAAACUGUGAAAUGCAGGACACCUUAAACCACUUUCUCAAAUUUAACAUCGAGGCCUUCACUCGAUUUAUUGAGGAUGCCGGAAAUUACCGUUUGACGAUUCACAGCAUCGAUGAUGUUGAAAUAUGCGAGGACAAUUAUCCCGCGCCCACCGAAGCUUUCGGCUGGAACGCGUGCGUUUCCGAAUUGCUUUUGCAAAAACCAUUGUACCGCCCCCCACCGCUUUUAAGAAUUUCUAUCAUAAGUGACCGAAAUAUGUGCGUCACCUCAAAGAAGCCGAAAUCGCAUAGUAAAUCAUCAAACCACCCAGACACUUCCCACGACGACUCGGGUAAUAUUUCCGACGGGCAGCAAUCGAAAUCCUCAGAAGCCUUGGACGAAGAGUGUCCCUCAUUUGUAUAUGGCAUUUCUAUAGAUGAAAUUCGCUCAAAUAUCCACGGACUCGUGAAGCGAUGCCUUUCUAUGCACGGUGACUUUCGUACGGUUGAGCGCAGCCUUUUCAGUUUCCUCCACGAUAAAAGCCUCGCAAUGCUGCAGUCCAUGAGCUUCAGCGACCCGUUUGUAGAAUCCUGCAUUGGACGAAUCGAUCGGGUGUUGGAGCGGAUGGAGGAGGCUCUGAGGCAGUACUUAGAUACCUUUAAGAGUUUUGAGAAUUUAGCCGAUUUUGAUCUUCAGACAUACAUGGAUGAGUUUAAGGAGCGUUUCCCACGAACAAAGGGGAUUGAGGAAGAAAUCAGGAGCUUUAUGCGCUGGCAAGACGAAAUACAAAAAACUAUACCGGCCGAAAAGGACUUGGGUAUGAUUCUUAUUGAUUGCCUCGAGUUAAAGCUGCAGCUCACUUCCAAGUGUAACCAGGUCGUCUCAAGUGUGUUAGCCUUGCUGGCUAAUCGCGCUGUUCAAAAAGAGGACAUCAUCGACGCUAAAUUUACCGAGCUGCGCAAAACUCUUAUUAAACCAACGGAAUCCCCUGAAAAGGUGGUGGCGGCGAGAGAGUUUAUCAAGGGCAUUCCUGAACAACUGUUUGACAUUCAGAUCAUGAUUGAGGAGACGCGUGAGAUCCACGACCUCCUCCACGUAUUUCACCAUAACAUCCCAGAGGAGGAAUUUAACAGAAAGUGGCAUAUAUUCGGUUGGCCCUCACAACUGGACGACGAGAUUACCCAACGCACACAGGAGCUGCAGGAGACCAAGCGGUACAUGACCGCCUCUAUGCAUCGCGCGCAGGAGAUGUUUUCUUCUGAAAUAGAAUCCGUACAGAAGGUUGUGCAGCAGUACUACCUUCACUCUAACCUCCCCAAGCUCAAUGAAACUGCCAAUGAUGUCCGCUCAGUGCUGGAAAAAAUUCAAACGUUGCGUUCCCAGGCGAACACCUUUAAUCUGCACGAAAAUCUUUUCAACCUGGAAAGAACCGAUUAUUCAGCAGUGCAUCAGUUAUCGACAGAUUUCGAGCCCUACUCUUUGCUGUGGUUAACCAUCGAAAACUGGCAUAAUGCCAUGCACACGUGGCAUAAUAUUCCUUUUACCGAACUCGAUGCCGAGUCAAUAGAAAAACAGGUAGCUGAAAAUCUAAAGGCGAUGAUUCGAUGCACGUCUGAUCCUCGGCUCACGCCAGAUCUUAUCGACAUCGCCGAGCGCACGUUGGUUUCAAUUGAGGAGUUUAAACCGCUGGUGCCGACUAUCACCUCCCUGCGCGCUCGUGGCAUGUACGACCGCCACUGGGUGCAGCUCUCCAAGGAAAUCGGGAAAGAUAUUCGCCCAGGCGUCACGCUCAAGAACCUUUCGGAUAUCACCACUCUCCACCUGGACGAGUAUGAGAACACGCUAAUUGGCAUCUCUGAGAUUGCGUCGCGUGAGUAUCAGAUCGAACUUUCGUUGAAGAAGAUGAAGGAGCACUGGGGGACUCUUUGUCUGAACCCGAAACCACACAAGGAGACUGGAUGCUUCAUUAUCACUAAAGAGGUUACCGACGAGACACAGGAAACCCUAGACGAUCACACUUUCAUCACCCAGUCGCUCAGCUUCUCACCAUUCAAAAAGCUCUUUGAGGAAGACAUUCAGGAAUGGGAGACGUCUCUGCGAGUGGUGCAGAGUGUCCUUGAUGAAUGGAUUAACUGCCAAAAAGCGUGGCUUCAUUUGGAGCCUAUAUUUCAGUCCGAAGAUAUUUCGCGCCAGAUUCCCCAGGAGUUCAAACGAUUUCAGCAGGUGAACAAAAAUUGGAAUUUCUUAACAAGCAGGGCCCAUGAUAUCAACUUUACGAUGCAGUUCUGUCAAACCACAGAUAACUGUCUGCAGAUGCUGCAGGAGUGUAACUCACUCCUUGAGCUCGUGGGGCGUGGGCUGAACCAAUACUUGGAGAACAAACGUGCCUCUUUUGCGCGCUUCUACUUCCUGUCUGAUGACGAACUGCUGAUGAUUCUGUCAGAGGCAAGGGAUCCACAAAAGUUGCAGCCACAAUUCCGUAAGUUGUUUGAAAAUAUCGCUAAACUCGAUAUGCGUGGCGGUGAAAAUGAGAUGUUCGGGAUGCAUUCUCACAUGGAUGAGUACAUACCUUUUCAUCAGCCCGUUCUGCCGAGAAAGUACGUGGAAAAUUGGCUCACUGAGGUCGAGAACAUGAUGAAGCUUUCCAUACGCAUGCAAUUGGAAAAAGGUAUCCAUGAGUUCAGCGUGAUGGAUCGCAAGAAAUUUGUGACCAGUUUGCCUGGUCAGAUCGUUAUUGCGGUAACGCAAAUUAUGUGGACACACGAGUGUGAAAACUCCCUAACGACGCAUGGUUCCUUGGAACCCUACGCCCCGAAGGCGCAGGAAAACCUCCAGUUGUUAAUUGAAACCGUGCGCCAGCCGUUAUCCAAUCUGCAACGUAUGAACCUUAGUGGUCUUAUCACUAUUGAGGUACAUGCCCGCGAUAUUGUGGAUAAUCUAGUCCAAGCAAAUACCAACAGCAUAUACGACUUUGAGUGGAUCUCGCAGCUGCGUAGUUAUUGGAUAAACAAUGACUACUAUUUGCAGCAGGUUGAGGCACAGUUUCGCUACGGGCAUGAAUACCUUGGCAAUAGCACUCGUCUUGUAAUUACACCGCUGACCGAUCGUAUCUAUCUCACGCUGACGGGAGCUAUGCAUAUGUUCCUCGGUGGCGCACCCGCCGGCCCUGCUGGAACCGGCAAAACGGAAACGGUCAAAGAUCUUGCGAAGGCUGUGGCCAAGCAGUGUGUGGUGUUUAAUUGUCAAGAAGGCAUGACAUACGCAUCGAUGGGUAAGUUCUUUAAAGGGCUUGCCCAGGCCGGUGCAUGGGCUUGCUUUGAUGAGUUUAACCGCAUUGAUGUUGAGGUGCUUUCCGUGGUGGCGCAGCAGGUUUCUUCGCUGCAGGCGGCUGCGCGGUCGAAGCAGUACCGCAUUCCUUUCGAAGGAACUGAGAUUGUGGUAGAUCCGACCUAUGCCAUUUUCAUCACGAUGAACCCCGGCUACGCUGGGCGAACGGAACUUCCGGAUAACCUCAAGGUUCUAUUUCGUCCUGUCGCGUGCAUGGUCCCGGACUACGCGAUGAUCGCUGAGAUCCGUCUCUUUUCCUCCGGUUAUUCGGAUUCCCGGAUGCUCGCUCAGAAGAUGGUGGCUACUUUUAGACUGAGCUCGGAACAGCUAUCCACGCAGGACCACUAUGAUUUUGGUAUGCGUGCGGUUAACACAGUCAUCUCUGCCGCCGCACUGAUGAAACGAGAGUACCCGGAUGAUCCAGAGAACGAGCUGUUGUUGCGUGCCCUACGCAACUCAAACGCGCCAAAGUUCCUCGACACCGAUUUGCUGCUUUUUAACGGCAUUGUCUCGGAUUUGUUCCCUGGUGUGCAGGUUCCCCCGGCUGACUAUGGGGAAUUCAUGGAGGUUUUGUCUGAAAAAGCGACCGAACGGCACUUGCAGCCCACCGGAGUGUUCAUCCGAAAGUGCAUUGAGAUGUACGAAAUGAUUAUCUUGCGCCACGGCCAAAUGAUCGUCGGUCCCACCAUGGGCGGUAAGACAAGCGCCCGACAGGUCUUCCAAAGCGCCAUGAUCAAGCUUCGGAAAGAGCUGAACAACAUGCGCUUUGCCGAUGUGAAAACCUAUGCCCUCAGCCCCAAGGCCAUCACGAUGUCCCAGCUCUACGGCGGCUUUGAUAUGGUGACCGGGGAGUGGCAUGACGGCCUUGUGGGCGAGAUAUUUCGUACCGCGGCGCGCGAUUCCACCGACACGCGGCAAUGGAUCGUCUUUGACGGCCCGGUAGAUGCCCUUUGGAUCGAGUCUAUGAAUACCGUUCUUGAUGAUAACAAGAAGUUAUGCCUCAUAUCGGGCGAAAUUAUCGCCAUGACGCCCUAUAUGAACUGUUGGUUUGAGGUGGAGGACCUUGCUGUGGCUUCGCCCGCCACCGUCUCGCGCGCAGGCAUGAUUUACAUGGAGCCUAGCACUUGCGUCGGCAUCACAAACCUUGUGCGAAGCUGGCAAAUGUAUCGUCUGCCGUCUACCAUGGACCCCUACAAGGAGUACCUACAAACACUCUGCGAGCAGCUCUUCCCCGUGCUUAUCCACUUUGUCCAGACGCAAGUCGUGGAGUACUGCGCCUCUGUAUGGACGAACCUGGUCAUGUCCUGCUUUAACAUCUAUGCGUCCUUGUUGGUUCCAUUCACUCCCACUCGCAUGUACGAAGUCCCACAAGAAAAGCUUGACAUUUUGAAUGAUGUGUACCUGGACUUUUUAGUCUUCUCGAUUGUUUGGUCCUUUGGCGCUACAGGCGAUGGGGUCAGUUGCAAGCGUUUUGACAAGUUUCUGCGCAAUGAACUCUGUCAGCGCGACGUAGCAAUCGACCUUCCCGUCAUUGACUGCCUGCAAAACUACGAGUUCAUCCCCGAAGAACGAAACUGGGUUGCAUGGAAUGACCGCCUAACGCCUUUCACAACUAAGGUUACGCAGGCAAACAUUUCGGAUAUCAUCGUACUUACACCAGACCAAGCGCGCUAUAAGUAUAUUAAUCGGCUACUCCUCAAGAACUCCUAUCACACCCUAUGCUGUGGUCCCACCGGAACAGGUAAAACAGUGCUUCUACAGCAGCUUCUCAUGAAUGAAAUGCCCAAAGAGUUCACCCCCAUUUUCUUCACUUUCUCUGCUCGGACAAGUGCUAACCAAACUCAGGAUCUUAUCUUCUCUAAGUUCGAGGUACGACGGCGUGCUUCUCCACAAAUUUGGGGUGCUCCUCUGAACAAAAAGAUUAUUGUCUUUAUUGAUGACAUGAAUAUGCCCAUGAAAGAACAAUACGGCGCGCAGCCUCCUAUUGAGAUCUUACGCCAGUACAUGGACUAUCAUGGUUGGUAUGACCGCAUUACACGCGAAUUCUUUAACAUCGUGGAUGUUAUUUUGGUAGGCUCUAUGGGGCCCCCGGGCGGCGGGCGGAACCAUGUGAGCAAUCGGUUCCUCCGCCAUUUUAAUCAAAUCGCCUUUCCUGAUAUUGACGAUCGUAAUAUGAAGCGUAUCUUUGUGACAUUGAUGGACAGCUACUUUGCGCCGUUCCCGGAAGAUAUCCGUACCAAGGUACAAACCAUCGCCGACGCCUCGAUUAUGGUAUUCAACAUGGUGGUUAAAGAACUACGUCCGACCCCUAUUCAUCCUCACUAUCUUUUCAAUCUGCGAGACUUGUCGAGAGUGAUAUCCGGUAUGGCCAACGCCACCCUGAAAUCCGUUCCAGACGUAAACACGCUGAUACGCCUGUGGUUACAUGAGGAGAUGCGAACCUUUAGGGAUCGACUCAUUAAUGAUAAGGACCGGGACUGGUUUGAUCAAUUGCUAGAGAGUCAAGUAAAGCGGCAUUUCAAGGUAACUCUCGAGGAGGUCAUGCUACCCUCGUCAGGAAAUUCGGGCUCUUCGCUUUCGAAUUUACUUUUUGUUGACUUUCUUGGUUCUCAAGGUUCAAAGAACUCUCUCUAUAACCAAGUUGAGGAUUACGACGCCUUGGUGAAGGAAUUGGAGAAGCAAUUUACUGAGUAUAACCUGCAUUCCGCGACCCACAAGCUCAACAUCGUUCUUUUUACCGUUGCUGUACAUCAUCUUUGUCGUAUCAUUCGAGUGAUUCGGAAGUUUAACGGCCACGUUUUCCUUCUAGGUGUUGGUGGAUCUGGCCGCCAAUCACUUUCUCGUUUGGCCGCUCAUGUAGCAAACUAUGACCUCAUGCAUGUGGAAAUUUCUAAAGGUUACACAAUGAAUACGUGGCAGGAGGACAUUAAAAAUAUGUUGCGUUCCGUUGGUCUUCAUAAAAAGCAAGUCCUUUUUCUCUUUACCGAUACUCAAAUUGUACACGAGUCCAUGCUGGAGGACGUCAACAAUCUUCUAAACUCGUGUGAGAUUCCCAAUCUUUUUAUAGGUCAAGAAUUUGAGGAUUUGCUCAACGCGAUGAAGCCCAUAUGCAUUGCGGAAAACCUUUCCUUAGAUAAGAUCAGCAUGUAUUCUCGUUUUGUUCGCAAUUGUCGCAGCAACUUACACAUUUCACUCUGUAUGUCACCCCUGGGUGAGACAUUCCGAAACCGUUUGCGCAUGUUCCCCGCACUCGUGAGCUGCUGUACGAUUGACUGGUUUGAAGCGUGGCCUCACCAAGCACUCCACAGCGUCGCGCACAGCUUCCUUGCCCCCAUACCACUCUUGAAAAACAACACUGCUGAAAUUGAACGAUGUGCAGAAGUCUGUGUUUUUAUCCAUCAAAGUGUGGAGAAAAUGUCUCAGCGUUUCUUGGCCGAGGUUCGACGCUACAACUAUGUCACCCCGGCAUCUUUCCUUGAAAUGCUCAGAAUGUUUUCCACCUUGUUGGGUUCUCAGACAGAAGCCGAUCAAACCAAUCAGAACCGAUUUAGAAAUGGGCUAAGAAAGUUGCGAGAAACCGAGGAAGCGGUCGUGAAGAUGCAGCAAACCUUGGCUGAGAAGCAGCCCAUCUUAAUUGAAAAGAGUGAGUCCAUUAAGGCAUUAGUGCAAGAAAUAGAGGAACAGACUGCGUCAGCCGAGGAGACUAAGAUGGAGUCCCAGAAGACUCGUGAGGCGGUUGCCGCCAUGCAGGCCGAAUGCGCUGGGAUUGAACAGCAAGCACAGGAGAAGCUCUCUGAAGCCCUACCUGAACUUGACAGGGCUUUGGAAACGCUAAAAAAUCUGAAGUCCGCGCAAAUCACGGAGGUGGCAGGGUACAAGGCACCAACAUCUGGUGUUGUCAUGACUAUGCAGGGGAUAUGCAUCCUUUUCCAGAUAAAGCCUGUUAUGAAAGCGGUUACCCCGAUGGAGAAAAAACCCGAUUAUUGGGCUACGGCGAAGGAGCAGCUGCUGAACAAUCCCAACUCCCUCAUGCAACGCCUUAUUAACUACGACAAAGAGCAUAUCCCUGGAAAGCUUAUUCAGGCUGUUAAACCCUUGGUUACCUCUGAAGAUUUUACGCCAAAGAAAAUUGCAGGGGCGAGCCAGGCGUGUGCGGCUAUGUGUCAAUGGACACACGCUAUGGUUCGCUUUUACGAAGUUAAUUCAAAGGUCGAGCCACUGCGGCAAAGGCUUGCAGUUGCCCAAGAGGCCAACCGUGAGUCUCAAGAAAAGCUCCAUCAUGCGGAAGCUCGCUUAGAUGAGGUGUCGCGCUCUUUGUCUGAAAUGCAGAAACGUAAGGAAAGCGCGGAGAAGGAAAUGAACCAGCUUGAAGAAACAGUCCGGAAUACCGAGCUGAGAUUGCAGCGAGCGGCUAUGCUAAUUGAUGGCCUCAAGGGUGAAAAAAAGAACUGGACAAAGUCCUUGGAAGAGCUACGGCAAAACUCAAAAUUUCUAAUGGGUGAUAUGCUUGCGGCAGCUGGGCAGAUUGUUUACUGUGGUCCUUUUACAGCCGUUUAUCGCAAGGAGCUUCUUGACUCAUGGAGUAAAUUGCUCCGAAAGCAUGGUAUUCCCCACAAUAGUAAACUCUCUGUGUAUCACACUCUACAGGACAUGGUAGUAACGCGUGAAUGGAAUAUGAAUGGGCUUCCUGGGGACAUGCUUUCGAUUGAAAACUCCCUUUUUCUCACGUACGCGCGGCGCUGGCCACUGAUGGUCGACCCUCAAACACAAGCCAACAAGUGGAUUCGACAAACCUACAGGGAUUCCCUGGAGGUGCUGAAGCCAAACCAAAAGGAUCUUAUCAAGCGAAUUGAGUAUUGCAUUCGUGUUGGGCGCCCAGUGUUGCUGGAGAACAUCGGUGAAGAAAUCGACGCCAGUCUCAGCCCACUACUUGACAAACAGAUCUUUACACAAGGUGGGAUUGAGAUGAUCCGAAUCUCCGAGACGGCGAUCCCAUGGAACGCUAAGUUUAGAUUUUUUAUGACCACCAAACGGUCUAAUCCGCACUAUAUUCCAGAAGUUGUGAUGCGUGUAACGCUGCUUAACUUUUUUAUAACCCCUCAAGGCUUGGAGGAACAGCUGUUGGGUGUGGUGGUGGGACAGGAGCGCAAGGAGCUCGAAACCCGUCGUAGCGAUUUGAUUCAGAUGAAUGCGGCUAUGAAAGCUGACUUGGUUCACAUCCAAAAAACUAUCCUCCGAAAGAUGGAGGAAGUCCAAGGCGACAUGUUGGAUGAUGUCGAGUUGAUCGAGUACUUGAAAGAAUCCAAAGAAAAGACUGCUGAGAUUGUAUCCAAGAUGGCGGAAGCUGAGGAGGCUGAAAUCAGUAUCAAUUCCAGCCGCGAGGAAUAUCGACCAAUAGCACAGCACUCUAGUUGCUUGUACUUUUGCUGUUCAAAUCUCUCGAACGUGGACCCGAUGUAUCAGUACUCGUUGCAGUGGUUUGUGCAGCUUUUCAUAGUGGGUAUCGAACAAGCUACUGCAGCCGAUGAAAUUGAGAAACGCCUGUUCAAUCUCAAAGACUACUUUACGUACAGCUUCUACCAAAACAUUAGUCGUUCUCUUUUUGAAAAGCACAAGCUUAUGUUUUCCUUCUAUCUCUGUUUGAGCAUUUUACGUCAGAGUAAUGACAUCAUUGAGGAGGAGCUACGCUUCCUUUUGCAUGGGCCUUCGAUGAUUGAAGCGCCAUCUGAACCCAACCCUGAUCCUGGGUGGUUGGCUCCCACGGUAUGGAGCGAGUUAUGCUAUUUAGGCAACCACUUUAUGGAGCUCCGUGAUUUUGUACGUCACCUAGCUGAAAAUUCGGGGUACUACUAUGAUGUGUUGUUUUCCUCUAAUGCGGAAUACGAGUCGUUUUAUUCUAGCUGGGGUGGGGAGCUUACACCUCUGCGUCGCAUGAUGAUCCUCCGAUGUAUUCGGCCAGAUAAGCUCGUCGAGGCUGUCCAUUUUUUUGUAGUGAAUACAAUGGGAGAUCGCUUUAUUCGGCCACCACCCUUUGAUCUCUUGGUUUCGUUCAAGGAUUCCACUGCCAUAACACCGCUUAUCUUUGUGCUUUCGCAAGGUGCGGAUCCAUAUGGUGACUGGAAACGUUUCGCCGAGGGUCAGGGCAUGGGCAAAAAAUUGUAUGAUAUCUCGCUCGGUCAAGGGCAAGGCCCACGAGCCGAACGCAUGCUCCGGGAGGCCAUGGAAAGUGGGGCAUGGGUAUUACUUCAGAACUGCCACCUCGCUACGUCGUGGAUGCCAACCCUGGAAAGUAUUGUUGAGUCCAUGCCCAUGAGCGUCAUUCACCCCAACUUCCGCCUGUGGCUGACAUCGAUGCCAAAUCCAUAUUUCCCCGUCUCUGUGCUUCAGAAUGGUGUAAAAAUGACCAACGAACCCCCCAAGGGGAUACAAGCCAACGUCACACGCUCCCUAUUGGCCUACUCGAACGAUUACCUUGAGAGUUGCAGGAAGCCUGAUGAAUUUAAGAAAAUAUUCUUUUCGAUGUGCUUCUUUCAUGCCCUCAUCCAAGAGCGUCGCAAGUUUGGCCCGCUUGGGUGGAAUAUACCUUACGAAUACACCUCUGGUGAUUUAGACUGCUGUGUUGAGCAGAUUAAGAUAUUCCUGGAGAAAUAUAACAAACUACCAUACAAGGUGAUACGGGAACUGAGCGGAAAUAUCCACUACGGCGGGCGUGUCACCGAUAACUGGGACCGUCGGACCCUGAACACGCUUUUGGAACACUUCGUGACGCCGGAACUGCUUCAGGAUGGCUACCUAUUUUCUCCAUUGCCUUUUUACCAGUCUAUUGCCGUUUCCAACCAGAGAGGAUAUCUUGACCAUGUCGCCUCAUGGCCCAUAAAUACCAAUCCUGAGGUCUUUGGGCUUCACGAAAACGCUGAUAUCGCGUGUGCGCGCACUGAGACCUUUGAAACCCUCGCCGCGAUCGCUCAACUAGAAGGCGAGCAGGCAACAGGCGGGAUAAAUAACAAGACGCCGGAUGAGCAAGUGGCGGAGCUGGCGGGGGUGAUCAAAGAAAAACUACGCCAACCGUUUGAUAUCAACAAGUUCCGCACCAAAUAUCCGACAAAGUACGAAGACUCCAUGAACACCGUUUUGGUGCAAGAGGCGAUUCGUUUUAACCCCUUACUUACCGUUAUUCAUCAAGCCCUGGACACGUUGCCAUUAGCCAUGAAAGGUGAGGUGGUGAUGAGCAAAGAGCUGGAUGACGUCUACCGCUCGAUCCACAACAACCAAGUCCCAACGCAAUGGGCGGAACGGGCGUACCCUAGCUUAAAAUCAUUGGCUGCGUGGAUAGACGAUUUGGUGCUACGUCUGGAUAUGAUACAAGAAUGGUUUGAUAAUGGCCACCCGAAAAUAUACUGGAUAUCCGGCUUCUUUUUCCCCCAAGCCUUUCUUACGGGUAUUUUUCAGAACUUCGCACGGCAGAAACAGGUGUCGAUUGACACUAUUAGUUAUAGCUUCGAGUGGAUGCAGAUGGACCCGUCGGAGAUCACAUCUCCGCCGCCCAUUGGGUGUUAUGUAAACGGCAUUUUCAUCGAAGGAGCCCGUAUCGACCCUGAGACGAUGACGCUCGCUGAGUUAAAGCCCAAGGUUCUCUUUGAACCCGCUCCCCUGCUUUGGCUCAAGCCCAUUAUCAACCGUUCCAAGCCCCCUGAGGGAACGGUCUAUGAAUGCCCUUUAUACAAAACCAUUAGUCGAGCCGGCACGCUUAGCACCACCGGCCACUCCACAAACUUUGUUUUAUCGGUGGAGGUUCCGACCACGGUGGACCCUACUCACUGGGUGCGGCGUGGUGUGGCGAUGUUGUGUGCUCUGAAUAUUUGA